GUCCGCAGUUCGGCCCUCGGCAUCGGGGACGGCGGCAGAGCGGCGGCCACACUCCGGCUGCUCUGCAAACCGAGAUCGUGGCUUUUCCCUGUCGCACCGCUGUCCUGCUGUCCGGCUGUCCUGCUGCCCGGCUGGGGAGGAGCAGCAACAGGCGCCCUGAGCAUUCCGCUCGCAGACAGCGCCCUGGGGGCCGGGAGGUGACUCCGCUCCGCCGGUACCGACAAUAUGCCCGUUAUAAAGUACCCCAGGAUUAGAGACCCUCUCUUUUAUGAAUGGGACAGGAAAGCCCAGAAAUGUGGAUUAAGGCACACAAUUUAUUUUGUAAAUGGGGAUCAAUAUACUGGAGAAUGGCUGGACAACUUGAAACAUGGUAAAGGCACCCAGAUUUGGAAAAGCACAGGAGCUAUUUACAGCGGAGACUGGAAGUUUGGGAAGCGGGAUGGUUAUGGCUCAUACAGCAUUCUUGACCCAGUGACCAAAGAAUACAAGAAGGUGUACACAGGCUGGUGGGAAAAUGACAGAAGAGGUGGCCGGGGGAUGUUCUCUUACCCCAACGGGGAGCGCUACGAGGGCGAGUGGAGCAAUGGUUUGCGGAGCGGCUGGGGAAAGAUGCACUACAGCGAUGGCUCCAUCUACGAGGGACAGUGGCUGAUGGAUCAGCCCAACGGGCAGGGCGUGCUGCGGCUCCCAAAUGGAAAUCGGUACGAAGGAGGUUGGAAAGAUGGCAAGAAGCAUGGCCCAGGGAAAUACUUCUACCCAGAUAAGGGACAGCUGUUAGAAGGCAUCUGGGUAGCAGAUAUACCAAAGUGUGGAGUUCUGAUUGACUUUGGCAGAGACAAUGCUCCAGCCCCUACAGAGUUUCCACUCCCAGAGAUUGAACUACGUGAUCCAGCUGGUGUUUCAGCAGAGGCUCGGGCAAUGUUUGAUGACAGCCAUAAUUAAUAACCAGAUGCUGAAGGAAAAGAAAAAGAACAUGAUCCUGAGUUAUUUAUUUCUUCGAGACUCAAACCCA